AUGCAAACGAUCAAGUGUGUUGUGGUUGGUGAUGGUGCUGUUGGUAAAACAUGUCUUCUCAUCUCCUACACUACCAACAAAUUUCCAAGCGAAUAUGUUCCAACAGUUUUUGACAAUUAUGCGGUGACAGUGAUGAUCGGUGGAGAGCCGUAUACGCUGGGUUUGUUUGAUACAGCUGGCCAGGAAGAUUACGAUAGACUUCGUCCACUGUCCUAUCCACAAACCGAUUGGGUUCCGGAAAUAGCGCAUCAUUGCACGAAAACACCAUUCCUGUUGGUCGGUACACAGAUUGAUCUUCGAGAUGAUCCCCUCUACAUCGAAAAGCUGGCAAAAAUCAAGCAACGACCAAUUUCAUUUGAGCUGGGCGAAAAAUUAGCAAAAGAACUGAAAGCAGUGAAAUAUGUGGAAUGUUCAGCACUCACACAGAAAGGCCUUAAAAAUGUGUUCGAUGAAGCAAUUUUGGCAGCACUGGAGCCACCGGCACAAGAAAAAAGAAAGAAAUGUACGAUACUUUAG